CACCACCACCACCUCUCUCCUUUUUCUGCUCUGCAGGACUGAGCAGCCCCGCGCAAGCGAUAACAAACAGUUGGGGCAGUGAGCGCCCCCGCCCCGGCCCUGAGAGCACGCCGGCCCCGGGCCCCACGCGGGGCGCCAGUCCGCCCACCAUGAGGAAGAUCCGAGCCAAUGCCAUCGCCAUCCUGACCGUAGCUUGGAUCCUGGGCACUUUCUACUACUUAUGGCAGGACAACCGAGCCCAUGCAGCAUCCUCGGGCGGCCGCGGCGCGCAGAGGGCCGGCGGGAGACCGGAGCAGCUCCGUGAGGACCGCACCAUCCCGCUCAUUGUGACAGGAACACCCUCCAAAGGCUUCGAUGAGAAGGCAUACCUGUCAGCCAAGCAGCUGAAGCCUGGAGAGGACCCCUACCGACAACAUGCCUUCAACCAGCUGGAGAGUGACAAACUGAGCCCAGACAGACCCAUCCGGGACACCCGCCAUUACAGUUGCCCAUCCUUGUCCUAUUCCUUGGACCUGCCAGCCACCAGUGUCAUCAUCACCUUCCACAACGAGGCUCGCUCCACACUCCUGCGUACAGUGAAGAGUGUUCUGAACAGAACUCCUGCCAGCUUGAUCCAGGAGAUCAUUUUAGUGGAUGACUUCAGUUCAGAUCCUGAAGACUGUUUGCUUCUGACUAGGAUCCCCAAGGUCAAGUGCCUUCGCAAUGACAGGCGGGAAGGACUGAUCCGCUCCCGGGUUCGCGGGGCAGAUGUGGCAGGAGCCGCGGUUCUCACCUUCCUAGACAGUCACUGCGAGGUGAACGAGGAGUGGCUGCAGCCCAUGCUGCAGCGGGUGAUGGAGGACCACACCCGUGUGGUGAGCCCCAUCAUCGACGUCAUCAGCCUGGACAAUUUCGCCUACCUAGCCGCAUCUGCGGAUCUUCGAGGAGGAUUCGACUGGAGUCUGCAUUUCAAAUGGGAACAGAUUCCGCUGGAGCAGAAGAUGACCCGGACAGACCCCACCAAGCCCAUCAGGACACCUGUUAUAGCUGGAGGGAUCUUCGUGAUUGACAAGUCCUGGUUUAAUCACUUGGGAAAGUAUGACGCCCAGAUGGACAUCUGGGGAGGAGAGAACUUUGAACUCUCCUUCAGGGUAUGGAUGUGCGGUGGCAGCUUGGAGAUUGUACCCUGUAGCAGGGUGGGCCAUGUCUUCAGGAAGCGGCACCCCUACAACUUCCCUGAGGGCAAUGCCCUCACCUAUAUCAGGAAUACAAAGCGUACUGCAGAGGUAUGGAUGGAUGAGUACAAGCAAUACUACUAUGAGGCCCGGCCCUCUGCCAUCGGGAAGGCCUUUGGCAGUGUGGCAACACGGAUCGAGCAGAGGAAGAAGAUGGACUGCAAGUCCUUCCGCUGGUACCUGGAGAAUGUCUACCCUGAGCUCACUGUCCCAACGAAGGAAGUGCUCCCUGGUGUCAUCAAGCAAGGAGUCAACUGCUUAGAAUCCCAGGGCCAGAACACAGCUGGUGACCUCUUGCUGGGAAUGGGCAUCUGCAGAGGGUCUGCCAAGAGCCCUCCCCCCAGCCCAGAGCUAUUUUUUCCUGUCUUGCAGGCAUGGCUAUUCAGUGACCACCUCAUCCAGCAGCAAGGGAAAUGCCUGGCUGCCACCUCUACUUUAAUGUCCUCCCCUGGGUCCCCAGUAGCACUGCAAGUUUGCAACCCUAAAGAAGGCAAGCAGAAAUGGAGAAGGAAAGGAUCUUUCAUCCAGCAUUCAGUCAGCGGCCUAUGCCUGGAGACAAAGCCUGCCCAGCUGGUGACCAGCAAGUGUCAGGCAGAUGCCCAGGCCCAGCAAUGGCAACUGCUGCCACACACAUGAUGGUAGCCCCCAGCCUCCUGUACCCUCUGCAUGAGACUUGGGGACCGGAAGGGGUUAGGGUGGGGGAGUGUCAAGCGGGCUGUUUCCCAUCUCCUCACAUUUCUACUAGAUCAUCAGUACACGCCCCUACCACGAGUUUCCCCAAAGCUAGUCCAGGGAGGGUGUGGGGGCAUGUUCCGUGCCCUCUGUGCCGCCCCCGUCUUGCCCUGGGAGAGGAGAUGGUUAGUGUGCAGCUGUCCUGGGCAGAGACUUGGCAGCUGUUCCUGGCCUUUUGUCUUCUCCCUUCUCCCUUGGCCCUUUUGGGGCCCCAGACAGUGGUAUGUGGGCCUUCCCCUUGUUGCCCAGCAGGGACAAGGACAGAAAACCUACAGAGGGGCUAGAUUGGGCCACAGGGCUAACCUGAGGUCAACACAAGACAGGUGGCAGCAGGUGUGAAGAGGCUGACGGCAGGGGCAGCUCGAGAUCGAGGGGUUCGGUCCAGUGGGUGGGUGUGGGAGGGAUGCAUCCUGGGAGAAGAGGAUGGGGACCCGAAGAAGAACAGAGAUGGAGAGGCAGCUUGAAGUAGCAGAAAAAAAGCAAGGUCUCUUUCCAGAACAUCAUCCUGUUCAUGCUUUGCUAGCCCUGGGCCCCAAGCCCAACAAAAGCCUGCAUCCCUUCUAAGUGGUCGCAUUCUUAGCAAAAGGCUGCAGAGGGGCCCGGGCCAUUAUUUAUUAAGCAGACUCUACCUCUGCUUAGCCAUAUGUCAGGCCAAGACCCCACACUUAGGCCUUUAUGGCCAGUUGGUACCCUGUCCCCACUAACUGGCUCCUGGUCAUACACCCUGGAAUGCCUUCAUCUCUGCCACUGUUUUAGACCCCCCCCCCACCUUUGCAAAGGUCUUUGCCUCUGUAAACACAGCAUCAUGGGGCACAGUGGCUGGCCAAUAUGGGACCCCCUUUCUGGAGAACAACUAUUUCCCAAUCAGUAGGAACCAGGUCACCCAGGCUGAACCUCAUGCCCAGACCCUUCUCUAGAGGCCAGCUGCCGCAGUGGGUGGUGGUUCUGUCUGUGUAGAGAAUUGCCUGCUCUCUCCUGUCUUGUUACUGAGAACACAGAGAUCACACAUCGGUAUCAUACUGGAAUCCCGGGCCUCUCUCCACCACUGGCUUCCACAGUAUAAUCUUGGGUCAAAGACUGUUGGUAACCAGAGCUCUUGGGGUCUUCCUCCCAAAACAAUACAGCCUAAGGAGGCCACUCUUUCCCCAGGGGCACCCAGUCUUUCUUUCACAGAGCAGACAACCACACAUUCAUAGGGAAUCCUACAGACUCCAGAAAGUCUACAAAUCCCCAGAAUAUUGCAUGUGUAUGUACAGAUGCGAUUUCCUAGGUGGGGGUGGAGCCUGGAUUUUCCCUGCUUCCUGGUUUCUAAGAGAUCUGAUCCUCUGCUCGGAAUGAACUCUACCACCUAUCUGCAUCGCUGCCCCAGCAACCUGCCUGCUGGGCCUGUCCUGUCCAUCGCCAGGUGUGAGGAGCCAAGUAUCUGGUUUGUGGCACCCACUCUGGAAGAUUCUCCAGCAGCUUCCUUGCACCUCUGGCUCUCACCAGCACCUUCUCAGCAGUUCUGUGCCAAAUACGUGCGCACCCCUGGGCUCAGGGGCCUCUCACCAUGGUGACCAAGCUUCGCCAAUCCCGUUCCGAUGUCUCACACGCUGCUUUCUGCAGAAAUGCACUUGGUCCCAUGUCCAUCUGGGAAUCCUCCUGCUGCUGCAGUCCAGGACAGAACUGGGGUCAAGGUAGAGGCUUUCCCCUAGAGACUUGGACUCUGCUCUAGAAUAGCCCCUGGAGCUGGGAACCUGGGCCUCUCUCUGCAAUGUACAGGCAGCUGCUCAGCCUUGAGAAGACUUCUCCCCGUUUCCUGUGGCUCUGCAUUUGUCAGCUGUCCAUUGUGGGGACUCAGUCCAACUCUGUUUUUGCUUUUCUUCUUGACCAAAGCAUGUGCCACUAAGCUGUCCUGGGGGACACUGUCCUUACGAAACACACCUGAAAUAAAACCACUUCUUACAUGUCCAAA